GUGCCAUUGACUAUACAACAGUAACAUUUUUUUUAGAAUGACGACGAGGGAAAGUAUUUAUAUCUUCUUUCUACUGGAACAUUGGACUACAUUCACAGCACCUAUCAGAGAAAAGGAAGAAGAGAACACAGUUCAGGAAUACUACAAGCCGUUAAAGUCCAAAGCAACACGCCCAGCACGCACGAACCGCAAUGAUCGCAAGACAACUCUCUGUUCUGCUUCUCGCUACCAGUGCUCUGGCAACGCCUCUCCACAGACGCGAUGCAGGCACUGUCUUGAGCGAUCUCCACGCAAUCGGAACCGACAUCAACGCCCUCAGCACCACCCUCGAUAGCUUCGACGGCACCCUCACCGGAGCUGUGACUGUUCAAUACGCUGAGAUCGCCCUAGAAAACGGCUUGAAUCAAGCCAUCACCGACGUGGUCGCCUCGAACACAUAUGCGACGGGGGAUAGUGCCAGCGUCACAACCUCUCUGGUUGGCCUUGAACCUGAAAUUGUCGGUAUCCUAGGCAAAUUGGUUGACCAGAAGCCUGGCUUCACCUCUGCCGGAGUGGUCAGCAUUGUGUUGGCAGACCUUCACUCGCUUCAGAACCUCACCAAUACACUUUCCACGGAGGCUCAGGUGAAGGUCACCACGGCAGACAAGGCUACCAUCGCCUCGGAAAUCGCUGAGAUUGAUGUCGCGUACUUCAAUGCGAUUGCGUCCUUUUCCUAGAUAUGGUUUGUGGAGCAU